AUGAACCACCAACGCCGAUACAACGUAGAACGAUCAUGUUUACGCUGCCAUGCGCAUAAGAUCAAAUGCGACAAGGGUUCACCAUGCAGCAAAUGCAUGAAACUGAAUCUACCCUGCCAGUAUCCAGGUCCUAGCCGUAUCAAGCGCCAAUCCCCCAAGAAGAGCACAACCGAUGUGUCUGUACGGUUGGAGCAACUUGAACAGCUAAUUACGGCGAUGAUCAAGGAAUCGUCGACUAGCUUGAACGGCCAAAACCAAGGCCCAAGUACAACAAGCCACCCAGCUGCGGCAGACCGCCCCGCCCAUCAGGGGUUCCUAGACAAAGACGGUCGGUAUAUCAAUGAGCCUUUCCUCUCGCGGGUGCUAGAGAAAGAGCAGGAACUGAAGUCUGCAAUUGGAUCACCGAUCGGUGCAACUAGUCCGCGCCAACCACCAGCAUUAAGGGCAGAUGGCCUCUUCACGAACCCGCUCUCGGCUCAGCUUGACAUCCAGGAGCUAUUUCCGAGUCAGUGGCAGGCAGUUUUGCUCUGGCAGGCAUUCCUCAGUCGUGUAGAGCCCUUGGUAAAAGUCAUUCAUGUACCCACGGCGCAAUCGCGGAUUUUUGCUGCGAUUAACCGACCUGAGAGUGUGCGUGCUGAUGUACGUGCUUUGCUCUUUGCUAUUUGUUUUGCCGCUACCACAGCGUUUCUUUCGGAAGAUGCCCAGAAUGAAAAUUUGCAUGCCAAUCUGCGGCGGUAUCAACAUGGCAUGGAAUUGUCUUUGUAUCACUCCGAGUUUUUGGAUGCUCCAACCCUCACUUCGUUGCAGGCAAUGGUGAUAUACCAGGCAUGCUUUCGAUUUAGCAAUAGCGGCCGGUCUGGCUGGACAUUACAGGGCGUGACUAUCCGAGCGGCGCAGUCCAUCGGCCUCCAGCGUGACGGGAAAAACUUCAAACUCCCACAAUUGGAAUGCGAGCUACGCCGACGAACCUGGGGACAUAUCCAAUCGGCCGAUACCCGAGUAGCAGAAGAUCACGGGCUCAGCGUCCCGGAAAACGACUACGGAGACACUGAACUCCCGCUGAAUAUCGACGACCAGAACUUAUCAGAGACGAACAUUGCCCCAGCCGUAUCGCAGAAGCGGUGGACCGAGAUGACAUUCUCUCUAAUCGUAAUAGAAAUCAACAGGGGGCGGCCGGCUUUACAUCGAAGCUUAGUGGGAGCAGCCGACCCAGAGCGAUUGAUCGCCGAGUUUAAAGGCGCAAUAGAGGAGAAAUACCUGCAACACGCCGACCCAGACAUCCCGAUCCAGCGCUUCGGCUUCCUCCUCGGACGGCUGCUCCUCAUAAAGACCGAAGUGUGCAUUCGACAAAAACAGUUGCAGUCACAGGGACCGGCGGCCUGCUCACUUGACCACAACCUUGUCCAAGAGACGUUAGCACAAGCCUGCUAUGCCAUGGAAAUUGGCCUCGAGAUGCACAUCAAUGAAUUACUGCGCGGCUUCAGCUGGCUUAUGAUGACUUUCACCCAAUACCACCUCUUCACCUUCAUUCUCUGGACUCUGUGUGUUUAUCCAACUGGCCCACAUGUCGAACGAGCCUGGCACGCUGUCGACAUGCAGUUCGCUUUGACUGAUGAUCCCUCUUGGCCCGACCCGGGACCUAAGUGGCCGAUGAUUGUGCAAUUGCGGAAUAAGGCACAGCGUAUUCGCCAGGCGCAUGAUUCUGUUGAGCAGAGUCAGCGAGCUGUCCGCGAUAAUUGUCCUGCUCGUGCCGAUGGGAUUGGGACUGGGGAUUCUCGGCUUGAGACAGGCUUUGAUAUUGAUAGUUGGGAUCCGAACUUUGUCGACUUUUCGGAUUGGAAUAGCCUGGCUCAGAGUCUUUCUCUCUUCCAAGCGACUUCAAAUAUGCCUUCAUCUGACGAGCAACCAGAUAACCUGUCCCUCCUACUGGAAGCAAUUAAUAACCAAUCCAUCCAGCGCCUGGAGGGUAUCCUAAAGGACAUCGUCAAGCACAGCCCAGAAGGCCGCAAAAUCGCCUCAAAAUGGCUACUAGCAGCGAAGAAUGAUGUGAAAUCCGAGCCAGUUAUCCCUACUUCUCGCACUACUCCCGUCACUUCUGCCCUACCCACCAAGGACGAGUCCAUCUCCGAGCCUACGGCCAGUAUCCCGAUGACAUCCCGUUUCGAAAACUGCAUCUACUGCCUGGAGGAUUUCGAAGUCACUCAAAACUCGGAGACAAGCUGCAGAUAUCAUGUUGGUACGUACAUCCCCAAGUACAUCUGUCAAUACAUGUCUAGAUAUGAACGUAACUAA